CCCACCGGCUGUUAGUCGAUAAGCUCUGGCAACUUUCAUGAAAUUUCCAUUUAAUAAAAAUAUAAACCUUGUUAAAAUGGCUCAAAGCGCACUCGUUAUUUUGGCUCCCGGGGCCGAGGAAAUGGAAUUCAUCAUAGCUGCCGAUGUCCUGAGACGUGCAGGGAUCAAGGUCACCGUGGCCGGGCUUAACGAUGCGGAGCCGGUGAAGUGCUCGCGGGAUGUCCAAAUACUGCCGGAUACCUCGCUGGCCAAAGUUUCGUCGGAUAAGUUUGAUGUGGUGGUGCUGCCAGGAGGCUUGGGUGGCUCCAAUGCCAUGGGGGAGUCCUCGCUGGUUGGGGAGAUCCUGAAGAACCAGGAGUCCAAUGGAAGACUCAUCGCCGCCAUCUGUGCUGCUCCCACCGUUCUGGCCAAGCAUGGAAUCGCCUCCGGAAAGUCCCUCACUUCAUAUCCUUCGAUGAAACCCCAGCUAGUCGACAAAUACAGCUAUGUGGAGGACAAGAACGUUGUCAAGGAUGGAAACCUCAUCACCAGCCGAGGCCCUGGAACCGCCUACGAAUUUGCUCUUAAAAUCGCCGAAGAGCUGGCGGGCAAGGAGAAAGUCCAGGAGGUCGCGAAGGGCCUUCUUGUAGCCUAUUAAUCGCCAUUAAUGUCACAAAUGAAGAUUCUCGUUUAAUAUUUUUAAAAAUCUUGCUAUUCAGAUUGUUUUAAACAAUUUAUGUAAUUAAGAACUGAAUUAAAAUUACGUUGGGCAAGCAA